UUCCAUAUGCCAUGCAUAUAUCACCAUGUAGCAGAUUCCCCCUUUCACUGACAUAGAAACUUGCAGCCAUGGAAGCACUGUGGAAUUUAGAGGACAAAUGGAACGUAACAACCCAAGAAGCACUCCUCCUAUUUGCAUGCACUGCCUUUGCUGUCAUCGGACUAUGCGCUGCAACCAUGCUAAAAAGAAAGGCCCAAAGAAAGCCAACGGCGAACCGAGACUCUGCAGCUUCCGAUGCCUCCAUGUCCAUUACAUGGUCUGAUACUCAUCAGCGUUGCUCUAAUAACUGGGCCAGAAUAAGGAGGGUUUUGAUGGAGUCGAUGAGGUGGAGCGAAGCAAAAAGGUGGGAGGAGGAGACAUUGGGAGAGAGGUCACCGCCGCAGCCACUUCUUGGGCUUGGAGAGUAUGAGUCGUCGUCGAGGUCCAGUGUGGGUUGGCAAAGCCUUAACUCGGUGUCACCAGUGUGGCAGAGGCCAAUACUUAUGGGGGAGAAAUGCGAGUUCCCGAGGUUCAGUGGACUUAUUCUCUACGAUGAAAGAGGAAGGCUACUCGAUCACUCUCUCGCAUCAUCGCACGAGGAAAAUAUCGACCAGGUGAGUGAGACUACGAUAAACAGGAAAAACCGGCAGCUGCUUUGAGAACGACACUAAGGGAUCUGCUGUAACUUUCAAGGGUAGUUUUUCCAAUCUCGUUCUGAAACAAGUACCCCAAUGUAAAUACGAAGCAUAGAAAAUGCAAGACCGUGUAAAAAAAGGAUUAUUAUUAUUAUUAUUGAAUGGCGAAAUUAUUAGGGUUUUAUUGGAAGAGGCCAACGCAAUAUUUGCUUGAAUUGAUUUUUGUUUAUUAUGAAAUAUUCGCAAUAAAAGCUGGUGAGGUGGCCACGUUGAAUUUGUGUGAAUCUGUAUCCAGGCACCAACUAUUUUCCC